AUGGCAAACACUGGAAUCUUCAUCGACGUCGCGGGACUCACCUUCCAGAGUGGCUCCACAACAAGCGUCACCUCUGCCGAGUUUCACUACUCCUACGAGUCUGGAGCGGAAAUCGUCUUCUCUAUCGGCAGCCUGAUCCUCGGUAAAAGCACCGGCAAGGUUGUCACCACGGCUUUGGACUUGGUACCUGCCGAUACGGCUGCGUUUCAUCCUAGUCUGGUUAACCGAGCCAGAUUGCUUUUCAGCCUGAGCUCGGGCCAGGGAUUCGAGAAGCCCAUCAUCAUAGAUCAGACGGUGGAAGCCGUCGUUAGUAAAUACGCAUCUGAGAUUGACCUCGAUUCUGAACGGCUUUCGGACCUGGACGAGCCCCUCAGUAAGAUCUGCUCCGAGCUCAACUUGCGACCUAAGUCUGUCCCGCAUACACGGAACCAUUUGCGUCGUCUCUAUGCGGGCUUCAAAGUCCUCCGUGAUCUUGUGAUCCCUACGCCUGAUGAAGGCUCGGUCUUAGCCGACGUCUAUCUGCCUCUGCAGCCUAACAAGAAGUUCCCAGUUCUCCUUGGCUGCACGCUCUAUGGCCGACGCGUACCAUGGGGUGGACCAGAUAUCAACGAUCAGGAUGAUAUUCUGCGAUUCGAGCGCGCAGAAGACGAGUGGCACUCAACUGCAGCUGGGAACGAACUCAACCUCUUCGAUCUAGGUCCAUGGUCACAGUUCUUCACCACACAACGGGGCUUUGAGAAUAUUGCCACCUUUAACACCUUCAGCUACGUCCCAUACGGCUAUGCAAUGGUCAGGAUCGACCCCAGGGGCGUCUCGCAGACCCCGGGUAAGCGAUGGGUCCCUGGACAACUCGCUGGCGACUUUUAUGCCGCUGUUGAAUGGUGCGCCGAGCAACCCUGGAGCAAUGGAACUUCCGCUCUCGUAGGAAGUUCAUACGGAGCAAACACGCAAUGGGCGACAGCUGAAUUACAACCCAAGGGUUUGAAGUGCAUUGUACCAUAUGGCACCGACAUUGACUCAUACCGUGAGGCUGCCUACAUCGGUGGCAUUCCUUCUACUCGCUAUCUCCAAAACUGGUUCGCCCGAGUUCGUGGUGUAUCACCAAAAUGGGAUGAUCAGAUGGACGUCGAGCAGAUGAUGAAAAGCAAUCCAACAUACAAUGCAAUGUGGGCUAUGCUAGACUCUAAGCCCGAUAGAUCUGUCAACAUUCCCUGCUUCGUAGCUGCGUCGCAGAUCUUCAUGAUCCACGGGCGUGGUGCGUACGAGGCAUGGAUGGUUCGCCAGCCUGAUAACACGCAUCUUCAACUGGUCGACUCCAACUACUACUCGUGGGGGAGCCGAGAGGCGUCUGUCAAGAUCAUCCAGUUCCUCAAUCACCACUUGAAGUCGAAAGAAUGUGCUGCCCCAGAACCAGUUGGAAUCCAGAUGAGGUUAGGCAACCAAGAUUGGUACUGGAGAAAGGAACAGAACUGGCCUGUCCCAGGAACACAGUAUAGGAAGUGGCAUCUCACCACAGCCAAAGAACUGAGUGAAACGCCACCAGUGAAUACGACAGAGACUCGAUUAGAAUACCCGUCACGAUGUCCUCAACAGGGGAAAUCGGGUGUCAGCUUCCACUCGGCUCCGUUUCAAGAAGACGUCGAGUUUGCUGGUCACUUCGUUGCUGUGCUGAGCGUUUGCUCAACGGCCCCUGACGCAGAUGUCGCCGUACUUCUCUGGGCCGUCGACGAGUCAGGCCAAGUCGUCGCUUAUGGUGCCAGCAGCUCGGCGCCAGAGCCCCUGGCCAAGGGUUUCCUUCGUGUCAGUCACCGAAAGACGGACCCUGUAAAGUCUCUGCCAUGGCGGCCGUGGCACACGCACACUGCCGAAGAUCUGGCGCCACUUCAAGGCAUCGACGACGUGGUCCAGGUGGAUGUGGAGAUCCUACCUACCGCGGCGCGGAUCCGGAAAGGCUGGACACUGCGCGUGGAUAUUUGUCCAUCGGAAGAGCAACCAGAUAUUCCUGGUUAUGAAGGGCCCCAGAUGCGGCUUUGGUAUGGUGAGACGUGCGAGGGGGAGGCCACUGACGCCAUUCAUGUGGGAGGAAGCAGGGUUAACUAUAUCCAGUGUCCUGUUGUGCCUAAGAUGGAGGGUUUUAGCAAGUGUAUGAUUUGA